AUGGAUGUUGGCAGGAAUCCAAGAAAAUGGCUAGAUGAAAAGUUUAUGGAUUAUUGGAACGAAAAGAUUCCCGUGGCUCAUCUCAUCGCCGAUGUUCAAUCACAUUGUUCCGACGAGAAAAUGCUUUUUCACUCUAUGAUUGAGAGUUUCGGCGAAGCUUUGAAUAAAGAACUAGAUGAGAAAACUAAUUUUGAGGGAAGAAUAGCACCUCGUGAUUAUUAUGCGGUUUCGUCUCACUAUUUGACCAGGGCACACAAGGUUAUUGUACCCUUGAAAUUGCCUAAUGAUCUUACAACGCAUAUUGAUACGAUUUUUACUUGCAUUAGAAGUUGGUGGUAUGUAAAUAAAGUUGAAAGUUUAUUUGAAGGCUUUCUGGAGCGUCAGUGGAGCUUCACAGUGGAUGAGGUGAGUUUACGAGAAGCCAGAUAUUUAGAAUGGCCAAAUGGAAUACCGCGAGUACCAUCCGUUCCUGAAAACAGUAAAAAAAUUGAGUUCAUUAGGACGAAGGUUGGACUCUGUGAAACGGUUUUAAGGAGCUAUGGGCUCAGCAGGUCUACCGGAUUUCUGGAAGGAGCCCAAAGAGCACUAAAAUUCCUGACAAGAGUUUUAUAUAUAUUAUUACCGAGUGAGGUUGCUGGCGUUAUAACGCGGGGUAUUGUUUCUAAUACCAUUGAAGAUGCUCAAAUUUGGGAGAAGCAACUUUUUGGUUACAUUUCAGAGAGUUCUACUGGGUAUUGCUACCACCGAUUGGCCGUGCAGUCCACAAUGGCUCUGGAAGACAUGAAGUCCGUGUUUUAUACCAACUACAAGUCUGUCUGCGAUAGUAUAACCAGUGGUAAAGCGCAAGGAUAUAUCCCAGCUUUUUUAAGCUUUUCUGUUGAAUACGCAACUGACUGCAUUGAUGUUUUCGAAUUUUUUAGUGGAUAUACCGUGAAGAACCCAGCGUUCAUCAAAAUAUUGGUUUCAUAUGCUGCAGCGAACUAUGAUGCCGAAACUAUGACCAUCAAGAAUGGAAAGACGCUCAACGAGUUCCUAUCGUUAUCAGGAUGCCUGGUCAAAUUUUUAGACGUAUUUCUAGAGAGCUUUUUACUGAAGGACAUAAUCAUGAAUGACAAGCUAUUCAAUAAAUUGGGUAGUACGAGUGGGAGUAUCAAUGGUGUGGAAAUUCAGGACCCAAAUAGCUUCUUUAUUGGUCCAUGGUUCAACUUUGGUGACAGACUAUCGAGAUUUCUUGCUGAUAUCAGACUAUCGUAUUUGCUAAAUUCCUCUACAUCUUCCAGCGCCAUCACGCUGAGGGUAUUCAGUAAGUCAAUGUUCCCAAGAUUAGUUGCCCAGAAGCGACAACAUCUGAUGAGAAUUCCCGACUAUUUUCAUACUGAAUUUGAAGAGCAUAUUAAGACAAUUGAUCCCGAUCAACUUGCUGAGAAGAAGUUAGAAAUGCAGCCGCACCUGCAGCGAUUCGUGGUCCAGGCUUCGUUUAAUGAGAGCUGUUUUCUGAAUGUAGACAUGUGGCAAGCCAUUAUACUACUAGAACUCUAUGCCAUAAAAGAUAGAUGGGAAUGGGAGGACAUGAUUAGAGAACUGAAAGUCACAAACAUAAGCGCAUUCCACACGAUAAUUGCUUCGUUCAGAAAGCAUAGAAUUCUACUGAAGAAGAACACUGUUUACAAGUUAAACGGAGCAUUUAAGCCAAACAGUGAUGCAGAUAAUGAACUCUCCCCAUAUUUAGUUUCCUAUUGA